GUUGCAGUAAUCAGCCAGCCUGUCAGCAUCGUAAAGCCUUAAUCAGCCUUAUACCAUUCUGUCAGUGUUGAGAAAAAUAUGCAGUAAAUUUGAUGGUAUUUCUUUUACCAAAUAAUUGCGAUUUUAGGAUUAAAGUGAUUGAACAUUUUUCGUGGUAAUCGGAAGAUUUGAGUAAUACGAGAACUGCUGCAUAGCCGACAUAGGGACUCCCACAACGUAAGUGCGAAAUAUAUUUUUUCACUGCACUUUGGAAAUUAUUGCAACAAGCAAAAGCUGCAUACGCCACCAAGUUACACGGAAGUUAAGAGGAGCAGAUUAAAUAUGAAAUCAUCGGUGAGAGGUUUACUUUUGUGCUGCCUUUUGGCAGGAGUAUUCUCAUCGGUUUACUGUCAAGAAUCUAGCAAUGCUACGCUUUCGACAAAUAAAGCCAACGAAACAACUCCAAUUACAACUAUGGAUGGCACAGAAAAAACAACCACAACGGAGACAAUCACUACAAUUACAGCAACUCCAGAUCAAAACAUAACCACUUCAAUUAAACCCGCACCUGAUACGAACACAACUGUAACACCAAUACCAAUCACUACCACUCCCGCUAGUAAUUCCACAACUGUAACACCAAUACCAAUCACUACCACUCCCGCUAGUAAUUCCACAACUGUAACACCAACUCCGGCACCUACCACAACAACUCCACCACCGACCACAUCAACUCCACCACCUACCACAUCAACUCCACCACCUACAACACCUCCCACCAACUCAACCACCAGCAGCACCACUACUACAACAACAACAACACCGGCUCCGCCAACUCCCCGCCCACCAUGCAAUCACUUUGACUUUCCAUCCUUCAUCGGUGGCAUUGUUUUGACUUUGGGUAUUUUAGCGAUCAGUUUGGUCGCUUAUAAAUUCUACAAGGCACGUAAUGAACGUAACUAUCAUACCCUUUGAGCCGCCACCGCUUUCACAUCGGCAUUUAAUGCAGCAGCUAAUACAGCGCCACCGAAUUCGUCCAUAGAUGUGGAACGUGUACGCUUCGUACAGCCCUCGUUCCCGUUGCGCUCACCACCACCAACGCAACAAACAUCGACGGAUUCAUCUGGUGCACCACCAACAUCUUCACCAUCCGUUAGACAACGGCUGCUGCAAACAUAAUUAAUAAAUAAAAAAGUUGUAAACAAAAGUGGAAAGAUUAAACUAAAGUAAGCUACGAAUACGCAAAAAUCGCGACUUCUAUCCCUUCAUAUUACAUUUCUAUAUAUAUGCAAUAACAAACAAUAAUUGAUAACGUUUUUCUGCACUACAUACUCGUAUAUGAAUAACACAACGACAAAAAUAUGUACACAUGUUGUAAGGCGAUAAUGUAAUACAACAAAUGAACAAAGAUUCUAAUACCUUUACCGUUAACAACAAAACGUUGUAAUUUGUAUAUUAAAAUAGUGCUGCUCUAAACUAAUGCUUAUUUGCUCGUAUUAACUGAAAAAAUUGUAAUUUAAACUACACAGAUUUGCGGUGCAUUAUUUGAAAUGAUAUAUGGUAUACAUAAAUAUUUAUAAAGUCUAUCUCUUUUUAAAUAAAUAA